AAUGGAUAUUGAUGCUCAACUUCCUCCAAAUUUAGAAUGGUACGAAGAUCAAAUUGCUGGCCAUCAUCCCUCCACAGUCAGAAAUGGAGUAAGACAAAUUGGAAUACUUAAAGAACGAGGCAAAAAACACAUUAUUUUAAAAUUGGUGCAGCCUGGGGAUCGUGGUGAAAGAGAGGUCGCCUUCUAUAGUCGAAUUAAACUUGCAGUUUCCCAAAAACAGAAAAAUGAUGUCCAAAAGAAUGCCCAAAAUGAAGAGAAAAAUGCCUCCUUACUUUUUGAAUUGGCCAAAUUUUUGCCUAAGUUCUAUGGUUGUCGGAGCAUUAAACUCUACGAGAAAGAUUCUCCAAAAGAAUUUCUUCAACUUGAAGAUAUUACUUAUCCAUUCGAGAAGCCUUGUAUUAUGGACAUAAAAAUUGGCAAAGUUACUUACGAUCCAGACGCAACUGAAGAAAAAAGAAUAAAAGAGCAAUCAAAAUGUCCUUUCCAGGAAAUUUUGGGUUUUAGAAUUCUUGGUUAUAGGGUUUGAAUUUUUCUUAAGUAUUUAUAAAGAAUUUUUUAGAUUCACACAGAAACAGAAUUUUACAGCAAAGAUCGAGUAUGGGGAAGAGAAAGAACUUUGCAAAAUUUACAGCAAGGUUAAUCCUUUUUAUUUUUUGGAUAAAAAAUCUUCGGAGGGU